UGUAAUCCUGCUCCUUCUUUUGUAGGUUGAAACAGCAGCAGGUUCUGCACCAUUCAUGUCAUUGCUAGCUCCAUUGAAUUCUGGAGCACAAGAUUCAUUUUGGAGAGCUCCCCACAGUGCUGCCUCUGUUGAGUUUGUCAUUGUCCUUGGUGAUUUAUCUGAUGUUUGUGGUGUCGUUCUUCUAGUUAGUCCUUGUGGCUACUCGAUGACAGAUGCUCCUGUUGUUCAAAUUUGGGCAAGCAAUAAAAUCCACAAGGAAGAAAGAUCAUGUGUGGGGAAAUGGGAUAUGAAAUCUCUGAUCACGUCUUCCUCUGAGCUUUGUGGACAAGAAAAGUCUUCUGAAGUGCCUAGACAUGUAAAAUUUUCUUUUCAUAAUCCUGUUCGCUGCCGCAUCAUUUGGAUAACAUUGCGUCUACAAAAAAUUGGCUCGAGUUCUGUAAAUUUUGAGAAAGACUUGAGUCUUUUGUCCUUAGAGGAGAACCCAUUUGCGGAGCCUGUGAGGCGUGCCUCCUUUGGAGGAACAGUUGAAAGUGACCCAUGCCUUCAUGCCAAAAGAAUCUUGGUGGUCGGAAGCCCAAUGAGGAAAGAUGUUGGGGCAUCAAGUCAAGGCUCUGACCAGAUAAAUACAAGAAAUUGGUUGGAUAAACCUCCUCCACUAAAUAGAUUCAAGGUCCCAAUUGAGGUUGAGAGGCUAACUGACAACGACCUUGUUUUAGAACAGUUUCUAGCCCCAGUUUCACCUAUGGUGGCAGGUUUUCGUCUUGAUGGUUUUAGUGCAAUAAAACCUCGAGUCACCCAUUCGCCACCUCCACAGCAUGCGAAUCCAUGGGGUGUUUCUUCAUGUGUAUUGGAGGACAGAUUCAUAUGUCCAGCUGUAUUGUAUAUUCAAGUGUCUGCUUUCCAGGAACCGCACAGUAUGGUCACUGUUGCAGAACAUAGGCUGCCAGAAGUGAAGGCCGGGACAGCAAUGUACUUUGAUUUCCCUAGAGAAAUUUGUACUCGCCGAAUCUCAUUUCGGCUUCUUGGGGAUAUUGCUGCAUUCACUGAUGACCCAUCAGAGCAGGAUGAUUCAGAUGCUAGAGUCCGGACUGUGGCAGCAGGACUGUCUUUGGCUAAUAGAAUCAAGUUGUAUUAUUAUGCCGAUCCCUACGAACUCGGGAAAUGGGCCAGUCUUUCAGCUAUUUGAUUAGAAUAAUCACACCAAUUAAGGUACUCAAUGCAUGAUUUAGUUUUGUAUUUUUAAGGGUCUUUAUUCAUUCUUGUUGCUUUUCAGGUGCUUCAUCAAAGCAUUAUUGAUUCAUUUCAUGCUAUUGUAUAGGAGAAUUUGAGUUUCCAUUGUAAAAUUCUGUGUGAUUCAUGCCGCGGCUGUAAAAACAUUUUGCAAGUUUUGACCUUAGACGUGUAAUUUCGAGUUUGUAUUAAGAUGUGUGUUUUCCAGUA